AUGGAGAUUCAGGUGGACGAACCUAUGGCUUUUUCUCCCCGGCGUGACCGGUUACAGGUGGAUGGCUCUUUAAAAAGCUAUGAGCAGAAUUUUAAACUAUCAGGUGUUAAAAAAGAUAUCGAGAAGCUUUAUGAAGCUGUACCACAGCUCCGUAAUGUGUUUAGGAUAAAGGACAAAAUUGGAGAAGGCACUUUCAGCUCUGUUUAUUUGGCCACAGCACAGUUACAAGUAGGACCUGAAGAGAAAAUUGCUCUAAAACACUUAAUUCCAACAAGUCAUCCUAUAAGAAUUGCAGCUGAACUCCAGUGCCUAACAGUGGCUGGGGGGCAAGACAAUGUCAUGGGAGUUAAAUACUGCUUUAGGAAAAACGAUCAUGUGGUUAUUGCUAUGCCAUAUCUGGAGCAUGAGUCCUUUUUGGAUAUCUUGAAUUCCCUUUCCUUUCAAGAAGUACGGGAAUAUAUGUUUAAUCUGUUCAAAGCUUUGAAACGCAUUCAUCAGUUUGGUAUUGUUCACCGUGAUGUGAAGCCCAGCAAUUUUUUAUAUAAUAGGCGCCUGAAAAAGUAUGCCUUGGUAGACUUUGGUUUGGCCCAAGGAACCCAUGAUACGAAAAUAGAACUUCUCAGAUUUGUCCAGUCUGAAGCUCAGCAGGAAAGUCGUUCAGAAAAUAAAGUCCAUGUGAUUUCCGGAAACAAGAUGUCAUUAAGUGGCUCCGCAGCACCGAGGGAGCUGGAUCAGCAGCCCACCACGAACACUUCUGUGAAAAGGCCCUACACACAUGCGCAGAUUCAGAUUAAACAAGGAAAAGAUGGAAAGGAUGGCUCUGUAGGCCUUUCUGUCCAGCGCUCUGUUUUUGGAGAAAGAAAUUUCAAUAUACACAGCUCCAUUUCACAUGAGAGCCCUACAGUGAAACUUAUGAAGCAGUCAAAGGCUGUGGAUGUAAUCUACAGAAAGUUAGCAACCAAAAAGAAGGCUGUUUCUGCCAAAGUUAUGAAUAGUGGUGUGAUGAAGAAAACUACCAGUUCUUGCCCAGUCAGUCUGACCUGUGACUGUUAUGCAACAGAUAAAGUUUGCAGUAUUUGCCUUUCAAGGCGACAACAGGUUGCCCCUAGGGCAGGUACACCGGGAUUCAGAGCGCCGGAGGUCUUAACAAAGUGCCCCAAUCAAACUACAGCUAUUGACAUGUGGUCUGCAGGUGUCAUAUUUAUUUCUUUGCUCAGUGGACGAUAUCCAUUUUAUAAAGCAAGUGAUGAUUUAACUGCUUUGGCUCAAAUUAUGACAAUUCGUGGAUCCAGAGAAACUAUCCAGGCUGCUAAAACUUUUGGCAAAUCAAUAUUGUGUAGCAAAGAAGUCCCAGCACAAGACUUGAGAAAACUCUGUGAGAAGCUCAGAGGCAUAGAUGCAAACACUCCUAAAUUAACAAGUGAUUUACAAGGACCUGCUUCUCAUGACCCAACUUUUUCAGAGAAGACUGACCAUAAAGCUGCUCGCCUCCUACAAACACCUCACGCACAGCACUCAGGGCACUUGUCCAAAGGGAACAGAAAUGGCUGUUGGGGUUUGGACGCGCACACUACCAAUCUGGAAGGCUGGGACACGGUACCUGAUGAAGCUUAUGACCUGCUUGAUAGACUUCUGGAUCUAAAUCCAGCUUCAAGGAUAACAGCAGAAGAAGCUUUGUUGCAUCCUUUUUUUAAAGAUAUGAAUUUAUGA